GGUAUCAGCAGUGGGGGAUUGUCUAUGCAUCCAUCAAGAAGAACUCCCUCGGACUAAAGUGGCAGUUUGACAAAUCUAGAAGUAUCAGUGCUCGCUGCUUUUGCAGGGUACAUCAUGUGGCACAGGUGCUCUUUGAAAGACAGAUGACGUCAUUACCAGAUUUCAUAUCUGUCAACCUCCAAAGCCUUAUUCUGUCUUUCGAGAAAUGUCAGAAAUGGGAUAGAGGCCCGACUAGCGGCUGGCAGCAGCAGUACCAACUCGCGGCGACGAGACCGGCAGGUGACGGAGGUGAGGCCCAAAAGAGGAGAGAGGCUAGCGAGAGGCUUGCCAGGCAGGACGGGGCCCUAUCGAAAGAUCGGUGUCUUGGGCGUCAGACGGCAUCCACCCGGACCAGGCAGCGGCCAGGAUCAACAUGGGACCAAAGAAGGUGCUCUCUCCUGAUGAAACUAGCUAGCUGCUAAGCUAACGAGGCUAGCGGAGAAAGGCAGCGCCGGUCUGAAGGAAGCUUCUCCCCCGCCACCGUGACCACCACUUCCCGAAGACAGCUGGCACCCCACUCGGCGACGGAAAGUUUCUGUGAGUAUGGCUUCCUGCGCUUCGUGCACUUUACUCAUGGAUAGGUUGGCUUUGCUAGAGAGCCGUGUCCGCCAGUUAGAGCAGUGUAAUUUCGUAACUUUAGAUGUUGCGGACACAUCUGCUAGCGUUAGCUGUAGCGAGCUAACUAGCCCAGCUUGUAGCAGCCCUAAUCGGCCUACAAGCUACGGUGUACCGGUUGAGACGCAUAAUAGAUUUAGCCCUUUAGCUAGUCCUACACCCCAGUCUACCGGGCACCACACUUUAGUUAUAGGGGACUCCAUCACCCGAAACAUAAAGCUUAGCAAACCAGCCACAAUUAAGUGUAUUCCCGGGGGCAGAGCACCUGACAUUGAAGCUAAUCUUAGGGAGCUAACUCGCAACAGGUCUAGUAAGCACGUACGGCAGGCUAACCGCACCACUAGUUAUGCGAAUAUAGUAAUACACGUUGGCUCCAAUGACGUUAAGAUGAGACAAUCAGAGAUUACAAAGAGAAACAUAGCCAGGGCUUGUAAUCUCGCCAGAAAGAUGUCCAGGCAUCGAGUAAUUGUCUCUGGCCCCCUGCCUGGGAGAGGCAAUGAUGAGAGAUAUAGCAGAUUAGUCUCUCUUAACAGGUGGCUGGAUAGCUUCUGCAGACAACAGGGAUUUACGUUUAUUGAUAAUUGGCCCUCUUUCUGGGGCAAACCUGGCUUGCUGAGGAGAGACGGCCUUCACCCUAACCAGGAAGGCGCUAUCCUCUUGUCUCGGAACAUAGACUUCGCAUUGAGCCACAUUUGACUAACUGCACUAGAGCAAGCCCGGUCACAGGCAAUUACAGAGCCUGCUAGCCUGGGUAUGGAGUCAGUUAAGUUAGAACUAGCCAGCGCCAGGCUGGAUGAUCCCUGUACACAUAGCAAUUUUCGUAGAAUAAUACACAACUCACAAAAUGUUUUUUCUACUGUGUCUAUGACUUCGUCAGAGUUAGACAUGCGUUCUACUGAGGUGGCAAAUUAUGAUGCGUUCAGUUUAUCGCAGCGCCAAGUAGACAAUCUGAAAAUUCCCGUCAUAUCAAUUCCUAGAUAUGGUCGUAAUUAUUUUAAGUACACUGCGCAUAAUAAACGCAACAUUAUUAAUAUUGCUACUACGGAUAAUUUUAUCAACAACUCCUUAAAACAGCCCACUACCUAUAAUAUGGGCUUUCUAAACAUCAGAUCUUUGUCUCCCAAAACGUUAUUAGUCAAUGAGGUCAUUAGAGACAACAACCUUAACGUCAUCGGUCUUAGCGAAACCUGGCUUAAACCAGACGACUUUUUUGCGAUAAAUGAGGCAUCCCCUCCUAACUAUACGAAUGCGCAUAUUGCCCGUCACCUCAAAAGGGGAGGGGGUGUCGCACUAAUAUACAACGAAAACUUUAACUUUAGUCCUAACUUAAAUAAUAAAUAUAAAUCGUUUGAGGUGCUUUCUAUGAAGUCUGCCACACCUCUGCCUCUGUGCCUGGCCGUUAUCUACCGCCCCCCAGGGCCCUAUUCGGACUUUAUUAGUGAAUUCUCAGAGUUUGUUGCUGAUCUAGUGACGCACGCCGAUAAUAUAAUUAUAAUGGGGGACUUUAAUAUCCAUAUGAAUACCCCAUUGGACCCACCGUGCGUGGCGCUCCAGACUAUAAUUGAUAGCUGUGGUCUUACACAAAUAAUAAAUGAACCGACGCAUCGCAGCGGUAAUACGAUAGACCUAGUGCUUGUCAGAGGUAUCACCGUCUCCAAAGUUAUGAUACUCCCGUAUACUAAAGUAAUGUCCGAUCAUUACCUUAUAAAAUUCGAAGUUCAGACUCAUGUUCGGCAAGCUAAUAAUAAUAAUAACUGCUAUAGCAGCCGCAACAUUAAUGCUGCCACAACGACGACUCUUGCGGACCUACUGCCCUCGGUAAUGGCACCGUUCCCAAAGUAUGUGGGCUCUAUUGAUAACCUCACUAACAACUUUAACAACGCCCUGCGCGAAACCAUUGAUAGUAUAGCACCGCUGAAGUUAAAAAAGGCUCCAAAAAGGCGUACGCCAUGGUUUACUGAAGAAACUAGAGCUCAGAAAUUAUUAUGUAGAAAGCUGGAACGCAAAUGGCGCACGACUAAACUUGAGGUGCACCAUCAAGCAUGGAGUGAUAGUUUAAUAACUUAUAAACGCAUGCUUACCUUAGCUAAGACUAAUUAUUACUCAAAUCUCAUCCGCAUUAAUAAAAACGAUCCAAAAAUUUUUGUUUAGUACAGUAGCAUCGCUAACCCAACAAGGGACUCCUUCCAGUAGCUCCACCCAUUCGGCAGAUGACUUUAUGAAGUUCUUUAAUAAGAAAAUUGAAUUUAUUAGAAAGGAGAUUAAAGACAAUGCGUCCCAGCUACAAUGGGGUUAUAGUAACACAGAUACGAUUGUAUAUACGGCGGAUACUGCAAAUAUCCAAAAUAGUUUCUCUCGUUUUGAUGAAAUAACAUUAGAAGGAUUGUUACAACGUGUAAAUGGAAUAAAACAAACAACAUGUUUACUUGACCCACUUCCUGGGAAACUGAUCAAGGAGCUUUUUGUAUUAUUAGGUCCAUCAGUGCUAAAUAUUAUAAACUUAUCACUUUCCUCGGGCACUGUUCCCGUUGCAUUCAAAAAAGCGGUUAUUCAUCCUCUCCUUAAAAGACCUAACCUCGAUCCAGACCUCAUGGUAAACUACCGACCGGUGUCUCACCUUCCCUUCAUUUCGAAAAUCCUCGAAAAAAUUGUUGCAGAGCAGCUAAAUGAGCACUUAGCGUUUAACAAUCUAUGUGAAACCUUUCAAUCCGGUUUCAGGGCAAAUCACUCGACUGAGACAGCCCUCGCAAAACUGACUAAUGAUCUAUUGCUAACGAUGGACUCUGAUGCGUCAUCUAUGUUGCUGCUCCUCGAUCUUAGCGCUGCUUUCGAUACCGUCGAUCAUAAUAUUUUAUUAGAGCGUAUCAAAAUACGAAUUGGUAUUUCAGACUCAGCCCUGUCAUGGUUUAACUCUUAUCUUACUGAUAGGAUGCAGUGCGUCUCCUAUAACAGUGUGACCUCGGACUAUGUUAAGGUAACGUGUGGAGUUCCCCAGGGUUCGGUCCUUGGCCCUGUACUCUUCAGCAUCUACAUGCUGCCGCUAGGUGACGUCAUACGCAAAUACGGUAUUAGCUUUCACUGUUAUGCUGAUGACACCCAACUUUACAUGCCCCUAAAGCUGACCAACACGCCGGACUGUAGUCAGUUGGAAGCGUGUCUUAAUGAAAUUAAACAAUGGAUGUCCGCUAACUUUUUGCAACUUAAUGCCAAAAAAACGGAAAUGCUGAUUAUCGGUCCUGCUAGACACCGACCUCUAUUUAAUAAUACAACUUUAACAUUUGACAACCAAAUAAUAAAACAAGGUGACUCUGUAAAAAAUCUGGGUAUUAUCUUCGACCCAACUCUCUCCUUUGAGUCACACAUUAAAAGCGUUACUAAAACGGCCUUCUUUCAUCUCCGUAAUAUCGCUAAAAUUCGCUCCAUUUUGUCCACUAAAGACGCCGAGAUCAUUAUCCAUGCGUUUGUUACGUCUCGUCUCGAUUACUGUAACGUAUUAUUUUCGGGUCUCCCAAUGUCUAGCAUUAAAAGAUUACAGUUGGUACAAAAUGCGGCUGCUAGACUUUUGACAAGAACAAGAAAGUUUGAUCAUAUUACGCCUGUACUGGCUCACCUGCACUGGCUUCCUGUGCACUUAAGAUGUGACUUUACGGUUUUACUACUUACGUAUAAAAUACUACACGGUCUAGCUCCAGCCUAUCUUGCCGAUUGUAUUGUACCGUAUGUCCCGGCAAGAAAUCUGCGUUCAAAAGACUCCGGCUUAUUAGUGAUUCCUAGAGCUCAAAAAAAGUCUGCGGGCUAUAGAGCGUUUUCCGUUCGGGCUCCAGUACUCUGGAAUGCCCUCCCGGUAACAGUUCGAGAUGCUACCUCAGUAGAAGCAUUUAAGUCUCAUCUUAAAACUCAUCUGUAUACUCUAGCCUUUAAAUAGACCUCAUUUUUAGACCAGUUGAUCUGCCGCUUCUUUUCUUUCUCCUAUGUCCCCCCCUCCCUUGUGGAGGGGGUCCGGUCCGAUGACCAUGGAUGAAGUACUGACUGUCCAGAGUCGAGACCCAGGAUGGACCGCUCGUCGGGACCCAGGAUGGACCGCUCGCCUGUAUCGGUUGGGGACAUCUCUACGCUGCUGAUCCGCUUGAGAUGGUUUCCUUUGGACGGGACUCUCACUGCUGUCUUGGAGCCACUAUGGAUUGAACUUUCACAGUAUCAUGUUAGACCCGCUCGACAUCCAUUGCUUUCGGUCCCCUAGAGGGGGGGGGUUGCCCACAUCUGAGGUCCUCUCCAAGGUUUCUCAUAGUCAGCAUUGUCGCUCGCGUCCCACUGAAUGUGAAUUCUCCCUUCCCACUGGGUGUGAGUUUUCCUUGCCCUUUUGUGGGUUCCUCCGAGGAUGUUGUAGUCGUAAUGAUUUGUGCAGUCCUUUGAGACAUUUGUGAUUUGGGGCUAUAUAAAUAAACAUUGAUUGAUUGAUUGAUUGAUAUCAGUAACGUAUCAUUUCUAACGGGCAAAUUCCCUGACAAAAUGAAAAUUUCAAAAGUUGUACCUAUUCAUAAGAAUGGAAACAUACACCAGUUCACUAACUACAGACCAGUUUCCUUACUUCCACAAUUCUCCAAAAUCAUGGAAAAACUAUUCAAUAGCCGAUUAGACAAAUUCAUCAACAAAAGGAGGACGCUCGUGGAGAACCAAUUUCAAUUCAGAGCAAAUAUCUCAACAUCAAUAGCAUUAAUCAAAAUAACAGAGGAAAUAACCAAUGCAUUAGACGGUAAAGAAUGUGCGGCCGCAGUAUUCAUCGAAUUAACAAAAGCAUUUGACACAAUUAAUCAUGAUAUUUUAAUACAAAAACUAGAACGAUAUGGCAUCAGAGGUUUGGUCUUGAACUGGGUAAGAAGCUAUUUAACCAACAGGAAGCAAUAUGUGAAGAUGGGUGAAAAUAUUUCAACACGGCUAGAUAUAUCUUGUGGUGUACCCCAGGGAUCAAUAAUAGGACCAAGAUAUUUAAAUCUUUAUAUAAACAACAUUUGUAAAGUUACAAAGGACUUGAAGUUUGUUUUAUUUGCAGACGACACAACUGCUUUCUGUUCAGGAGAGAACACACGGAAGAUAAUACAAAUAAUAACGGAAGAAAUUAACACAUUUUAAAAAUGGUUUGAUAAAAACAGACUAUCUUUGAAUCUCAGUAAAACUAAAAUAAUGCUAUUUGGUAACAGUAGAAAAGAGCAUCAGACACGAAUACAAAUAGACGGAGUUGAUAUUGAAAGGGUAGAAGAUACCAGAUUUUUGGGAGUAUUAAUAGAUGAUAAAAUGAACUGGAAAUCUCAUAUACAAAACAUACAACAUAAGGUGGCAAAAAACAUUUCAAUAAUGAAUAAAACAAAAUACGUCCUGGGCCAAAAAUCACUUUAUAUUCUCUACUGCUUGCUAGUGUUACCAUAUCUGAGUUAUUGUGCGGAAAUAUGGGGAAACAACUACAAAUGUGCGCUACAUUCGUUAACUGUUAGAAAAAAGAUCAAUUAGAAUAAUACAGAAUGUUGAAUAUAGAGAACAUACAAACCCUUUAUGUAUUGAGUCAAAAAUAUUAAAGUUUGGUGAUUUGGUAAAAUUGCAAACAGCUAAAAUGAUGUACAUAGCAAAUUAUAAUCUGCUACCAAAGAAUGUACACCAAUUCUUCUCAACUAAAGAGGAGGAAUAAAACCUUAGAGGAAAAUGUAAUUUUAAACAUUUGUAUGCACGUACAACACUUAAAACCUUUAGCAUAUCAGUAUGUGGAAUUAAAUUAUGGAAUGGAUUAAGUAAAGAAGUUAAACAUUGUACUGAUAUGAUCCAGUUUAAGAGGCUGUUCACAUUAAUGGUGCUUACAAAGUACAAAUGAGAAGAAUUAUGAGAAACACUGUCAACCUUAUUGAAAAUAAGAUAUUCUAUAUAUCAGUAUGUUAACAAUGACUGGAUUAAUUAAUUACAUACUACAAAACUGUUGUAUUACUCAUGCACGGAUAUCAUUUUACUAUUUUACUAUAAAAAAGGUCAGUAAAUGAAGGUACAGUAUGUAUUUGUAAACGCUCUGACGUGGUAAAGGGGUAGGAUUAAAUAAGCUUUGCUUCUUCCUACUCCUUUUCGGACAUGAUGUAAUGUGAAAUGAUAUGAAAUUUUCUGAUGUAUUAUGCUGGAAGUAUGUUCAUGUUUGAAAUAAACUAAGAAACUUUCAGGAAAUGUCAGAAAUGGGAACAAGUGCUUUCGAUUUUGGGGGUGGUCCAGAUCACCGUCUGCAUUCAGGAUUUUUAUUUAAGGAUGUUUGUUUAGUUUAGUUUAGUGUUUAUUUGAAGGGAAAAUGCACGGAUCCAUUAAGCUCAAAGACAGAUAUGUUCUG